UCAUCAUCUUGGCAAUUUUACGUCAAUUAAACAAUGUCUCAAUAUAUCAACGCCGUUUACUAUCCUUCGUGGCGCGUCUACAAGGACAGGCCGCCAUCUUGCCUUGAUGUCGCGUCCAUCACGCACAUCUUCUAUGCCUUUGUCGGUGUCAACGAAGACGGCACCCUUCGAGCACUUGACGAAUGGGCCGAUAACGAUAAAGAGGUCGAUGGAGUCAAGGGGUGCCUCGCUGCAGUUGCUCAGCUGAAGCGCCAGAAUCCUCACAUCAAGACAAUCGUAUCUAUUGGCGGCGGCGCCAGCAGCAAGGAAUUCCCCAAGCUCGCCGAGAGCGAAUCUGCGAGAUGCACAUUUGCCAGCGAGAUUCGGGAGUUUUGCGAAAAGCACGAACUGGAUGGUGCCGACAUUGACUGGGAACAUCCCCAGGAUCCUGAUGCAGGCUGUGAUUACCUCAAGUUCCUCCAGGAAAUCCGCCAGGCUCUUCCGUCACCCCAGUUUCUAUUGACCAGCGCUCUUCCCGUGGGAGAGUACUGCCUCAAGCACAUCGAUCUUCCCGCCGUCGCCGAGGAGCUCGAUUUUCUCAACCUCAUGUCCUACGAUUUUGCUGGAGAAUGGACCGACGUCUCCGGCCACCAUGCGCAACUUCUUCCGCCAAGCCAAAACCUCGACGAAGUCUAUCCCGCCCUCCGUUCCUCUGCCCAUGGUGGUGUCGACUACCUCUUGGCUCAUGGCUUCCCCAGCCGCAAGAUCGCGCUGGGAAUUCCGGUCUAUGCGAGAUACUUUGCUCAAGCGUGCGGGCCCGGGCAUCCAUUUGAAGCGUCUGGCGAGAUGGACUACUGCGAUUUGCCGGAGCGGUGGGUCCAAGAAGCUCAUAUCGAGGAUGUCAAGGCCACUGCUUCGUUUGUGGACGACGAAGGAGACAAGGGCUUUGUUUCCUUUGAUGUUCCCAGCACCGUUCAGAUGAAGGCCCGUUAUGCCAAGUCUAUGGGACUCGGUGGCCUGUUCUACUGGACUGGGGCUGGUGAUAGGACCGAGGGUGAGAGUCUGGUCGCCUCUGGCUGGCGCGAGCUCCAGAAUUACUGAGGAAGAGGUUGACUUUAUGGAUUAAGAUGGUCACAGCUUACUUUGGGGUUCCUUGUGUAGUAUUUGAGUUUUCAUUUGUCCCAUACAAUUCGUUAAUUAGCCAACUUUUUGUUCUCUAUCA